AUGAAGUCAACAAUAAGCGAGUAUCAUCUUCUCAUUGCUCAAAAUUUCCUGUCUAACAUACAGUUGGAUCAAACUCUUACCGAUGCUGACCUGGAGCUUUUUGGUCGCGGAAGGAAGGAGGCUGUUUGUUCAUCGAAGAAUGAUGCGGAGUCAGAAAUAUCCAUUGAAGUGGGCGAGGAUACUUCUUUGCUUGGAGCUGGCAAAAGAAGUGUAAGUGCACAUACCAGUACUGACAGUCCUGGAGUUCUGCGAUUGUCAACGGGGAGAAGUAAACCGCCAAAGAAAGUCUCGAUAUUGGGAAAGAUUGUGAGGUUGAUCAGCACUGAUGAUGUUGUUGGUGAUGAGAAGAGUACCACUGAAGAGAAAAUGUUUGAGUUGAAACCUGUGACGAAGGAUGAGGCAGGACGAUCAGACUCAUUCGAUCGGAGUCCGGAUGAUCGGCCGCUUACGCCAGUGUCAAUCACUCAAUUCUCUUUCCUUCGACGUCUACGAACUUCAAUUGCCAAAUCUGACAGAUCACGGUCCUAUCUGUGUGCGCCAUCAGGGGCUCCAAUUAUUGUAAUUUCACAUUUUCCUUUUCAAUCCACAGCACGUGAUCGAUCACGUCUUCACCGCUCACGAUCCUCUAUUGGAAGUAAUGAGCGCCAAAGCGCUGGGGAUGGAUCUAUUGAAGAAUUACGGCCUUUUGAAUUCAGAGAUGUGGAGUGCAUACGUUUUGAGCAACUUUCGUCCAAGCUCCGCCGAUCAAGUGCAAUGUCUUUUGGUGGUGUAGCUUGGAAAUCUCCUUCUAAGGAAGAAAGAAGGACUAGCGAAGCUCCUGCCAGUGCUGCUCGUGUUGGCCAAUAUCUCAGAGAGGACAGCGAACAGUAUUCCAUCAUCAAACAUACGGAUGUGACUUUUGAUAAUGAUUCAUAUCACUUGGAAGGUGAAGAUACCUUCAAUGAUUAUGAUCCGUUAUUAUUGGAAGAAGUUGCCUCAGCAAACAGAACUGUAAUUCGAACAAAUGGAUUUAUUGGAGUCACAAAACUGUUCGCAAAUUCCCAGGUAAGUAAGGCUACGUUGAAUGAAAGAUUUGCGGAGAAGUUUCCCCACAUUCACCUCACAUAUAGCAAGUUGAGGAGUAUCAAAAAAGAUCUGUGGCUGCUUUCCAAAGAAUGUGAUGUGGAUGAAUACACGCUUGCCCAAGCUUAUGUAUAUUUUGAAAGGAUUGUUUGUAAGGGAUUGAUUUCGAAGUACAACCGCAAAUUCGUUGCUGGUGUAGCUUUCCUUGUUGCUGUGAAACUCAAUGAUUAUAAGAAGCCGGUCAUAACGAAGGUUCUGGAGUGUGCUGAGGAAAAGCUUCGGAUAUCGAGGCGGGAACUGCUUUCUUUCGAGCUCCCUCUAUGCUCAGCACUUGAAUUUGAUCUUUUUCCACCUAUUCAUCACAUAGAACCGCAUCUCAGGAAGAUCAUGUUUGGUGCAUUCUGAAUGCGCUUAGGUAUUUUCGGUAGUCAGUCUUGCUACAAUAUCUCUGUCUUUCAGUUCUCAGAGCUCUGCUUUAUUUCUGCCCCAGGAUUUUUUAAUUAUGUGAUCAGACUGCGAUGCAUCAUCUUUUAGCAUUCUUCGCCUUUUCAUAGUCAGUACACAUUUUCAGUUUGUUUAGCUUCUGAUGGAC